AAUGAUUGAAACUGGACUAAACGAUAUUGAAAGUUCACUGGAACAAUUGAAUUAUUUAGGUUAUGUUGAAGAUUAUCGUAACAAAUGCUACAAUUCAUAUACAAACGAUUUUAAAUUAUAUUGUGAAGGUGUGUGUGAAAUAUCCUUUUACGUUCCUAAUUGGAGGAAAAUUUCAAAUAUUAUAACGCAAAACAGUCACGAAAAUGGUACUUAUCAAUCUGUAAUACAUAUAAAAACUGGAGUUGCUUCAAACAAUUUACAUCAAUUUAAUGAAGUUACGUGUGAUGAUUAUGUUGAAUACAUUGAUGACCCCCCUUUUGAAUCGAAUAGAACUAUUAGUAUCCAUAAUGUUUCUUAUGCUUGCAAAGAGGACGUUGAAAUCUAUGAAGCGGAUAACAAAGUAGAUAAUAUUUCAAAAGGUAAUUAUAUUGAUGUCAUCGGGAUAAUUUGUCUCAGUUUAUCAGUAUUUGCUUUACUAGUACGCUUAAUUGCUCCUGCUUACUGUGCAGCUUUGAGAAAGAGAGCAAAUUGGCUACAAUGGAACUUAGCUUUAGCACUAUUUUUAUGGCUCACUUGUCUAAUUUGUUCUCCUCUAGUGAGCUCCUGGUUAUGGCCUUGCCGAUUAAUUGCUCUUUCCGGUCAUUUAUCUUUGCUAGCAACUAUCACGUGGCAAAGCUUCAUUGCUAUUGAUAUGUACUUAAAAUUUAGAGAUAAAACGCUGAUUGAUUCUUAUAAGUACUCUAAUAUGAAACUAUGGAAGAUAUUUAUCGCAAUUUGGUUGGCUCCAUGCAUUCCGGUCACAAUAGCACUAGUGUUAGAAACACUACAACUGAAAGGAAAAGGCGAAGCUUUUUACGGCUUAAACAAUAACAGAAAUAUAUGUUGGAUUCAUGGUUUUGCGGGGAAAAUUAUACUCCUGCUUAUACCAUUUUUCUUACUCUGGUCUAUAAAUAGCAUUCUGUUGACAGCAACAACUUUUAACUUACAUUAUCUUCUAAAGAACUCACCUGAUCAUGUGAAAAAGAGUAGGAAGGAAAUUAUUAUCUAUACAAAAUUGUCUAUUUUAUUCGGAGGAUCUUGGAUACUUGUAUUACUUAGCUCUUAUAUACGUAACGACAUCGUAACUCUUUUGAAUAUAUUUGUCAACUCAUGUCAAGGGCUUUGGUUGGCGUUAGCUACAAUGAAAAUAGGUCAUUUCCGGAAAGAAGAAGGAAGCUCCUCCAGCUCUGAAAGACAAGUAAAAUUGCAAUGUCCAACUAGUCGUGCGAUGUAA